GUUAAUAAGCCUGCCUAUUCAUAAAGAAGAUGUGUGCUUGCCCUAAUCAAAGAUUCAAGUUCAAGCCGUUUAGAGCCGGUACCGCCACUUUUGUAACUUCUUCUACAUCCACCUCAUCAUAAUUCGCAUACAAGGGAUCUUCUUUGUAGGCCAUCACCCUCUUUCCAUUCAUAUAUCACACAAUGUUCUCAAGGGGACUUAGAAGCGCUACGGCGCCUGCCACACGCAUGUUGGCCCAGCCACUGCGAUCAAACACAACUGGAAUGGCUCGUUUGACACCAGUCGGUGCAAGAUUCAACUCCAGUAAACCUACUGGACCCGUUAUCGGUAUCGAUUUGGGUACUACAAACUCAUGUGUUUCCGUCAUGGAAGGACAACAAGCCCGUGUUAUUGAAAACUCUGAAGGUGGAAGAACUACACCUUCCGUCGUUGCAUUCUCAAAGGACGGUGAACGUUUGGUCGGUGUACCAGCCAAACGUCAAGCUGUCGUUAACCCAGAAAACACUUUGUUCGCCACAAAACGUUUAAUCGGUCGUAAAUUCCAAGACAAGGAAGUUCAAAAGGAUUUGCACAACGUUCCUUUCAAAAUCGUCCCUCACUCAAACGGUGAUGCCUGGCUCGAAGCACGAGGCGAGAAGUACUCGCCAAGUCAAAUUGGUGCUUUCGUCGUCGGAAAAAUGAAGGAAACCGCUGCUGGAUAUCUAGGAAAACAAGUUAAGCACGCUGUCAUUACCGUCCCUGCCUACUUCAACGACUCUCAACGUCAAGCAACAAAGGAUGCAGGUACAAUUGCUGGUUUGGACGUUCUCCGUGUUAUUAACGAACCUACCGCUGCUGCUCUUGCUUACGGUCUCGACAAGUCUGAAAGCAGUGUUAUCGCUGUUUUCGAUUUGGGAGGUGGUACCUUCGAUGUUUCCAUUUUGGAAAUGCAAAAGGGUGUGUUUGAAGUCAAAUCCACAAACGGUGACACACACUUGGGUGGUGAAGACUUUGACAUUGUUUUGGUCGAACACUUGGUUAACGAAUUCAAGAAGGAAAGCGGCAUUGAUAUCAGCAAAGACCGUAUGGCCAUUCAACGUAUCCGUGAAGCCGCUGAAAAGGCAAAGAUUGAAUUGUCAAGCACGUCGCAAACCGAUAUCAGCUUGCCAUACAUCACUGCCGAUGCAUCUGGACCCAAGCACAUUAACAGCAAGAUGAGCCGUGCUCAACUUGAGAAGUUGGUCGGUAGCUUGAUCGCACGUACCGUCGAACCAUGCAAGAAGGCAUUGUCUGAUGCAGGUGUUAAGCCCCAAGACAUCCAAGAUGUUAUCAUGGUUGGUGGUAUGAGCCGUAUGCCCAAGGUUUUGGAAACCGUCAAGGAUAUCUUCAAGCGCGACCCAUCCAAGGGUGUCAACCCUGACGAAGCUGUCGCCAUUGGUGCAUCCAUUCAAGGUGGUGUCUUGUCCGGACAAGUGACUGAUAUCUUGUUGUUGGAUGUUACCCCAUUGUCUUUGGGUAUCAACACAUUGGGAGGUGUUUUCACUCGUUUGAUCAACAGAAACACAACCAUCCCAACCAAGAAGAGUCAAAUCUUCUCUACAGCUGCUGACCACCAAAGCGCUGUCGAUAUUCAAGUAUACCAAGGUGAACGUGAAUUGGUUCGUGACAACAAAUUGUUGGGUAACUUCCAAUUGACUGGAUUGCCACCAGCACCAAAGGGUGUUCCUCAAAUCGAGGUUACCUUUGACAUCAACGCUGACGGUAUUGUCAACGUUUCCGCUAAGGACAAGGCAACCGGCAAGGAUCAAAGCAUGACCAUUGCUGCAGGAUCUGGAUUGUCUGACAAUGAAAUCGAACGUAUGGUUUCAGAUGCUGAACAAUACGCCGAAGCUGAUAAGGAACGUAAGGGAGUUAUUGAAGAAUCCAACCACGCACAAUCUGUUGCUGCUGAAACAAACAAAGCACUAACGGAAUUCGCCGACAAGGUUGACAAGGCUGAAGCUGAAAAGGUACAAGCCUUGAUCAAAGAAUUGGAAGAAUUGGCCGCAAAGGGACAAUCAGGAGAAGAAGGAAUCACUGCUGCUGACAUUAAAGGAAAGAUUGACGAAACACAACAAGCAAGCUUGGGUAUUUUUAAGAAGGUUUAUGAACAACGUAACCAAGAAGCUGAAAACAACCAAAGCAAGCCCGAAGAAGAAAAGAAGGAAUAAGUCAAUUGUUUCGUUUUGUAAUUCAAUCCUCAAAAAUGAAAGUGAACUGUUAUCACUCUCUUAUACACAUUGAUGAAGUAGUACAAAAAAAGGAUCGUCAAUGGCUAUCAUGUAUGCACUUGCGAUCUGACACCCUAUAGAGAUUCCAAAAAAUCAAACUGCUCUCGAUCAUAUUCAAACCUGUAGUAUCUUAAUAUUUUUCCUUUUCUUUUCUCUUCUCAUGUCACUGCUUCACCACUCAAUACGAGAUUCUCAUUAGCAAUCAUUUGAUCUGUC